GGCCAUGAGCCCAGGUCUUGUCCAUGAGGCCCAGAGCUUCGGGCAUCCUUGUACAUGCUUUUUACUGGCUCCGAGUCAUCACCCUUCGGGGAAUAAAGGUCUCUUAAAAGUCAAGGCAGUGGGAGGGGAGAUCAGCCCCGGGCAGGACCAGGACCGGGCCCGGGCCCUGCCAGAUCGGGACCCUCGGGAGACCCCCUCCAGGACCGGGCCCAUGAGGGGCGUCGUCGUCACCGCCUUCGUGCUGGUGCUGCUGGUGCGGGGGGAGCCGGCGGCAGCACCGGCCUGCCCCGGGGGUCACGCCUGGAGCCGCGACCUGGACAAGUGCAUGGACUGCGGCCUCUGCACCGCCCGCCCCAAGACCGACUUCUGCCCCCGCUGUGGUGAGGCCCCGCCCCCUGGGCCAGGUGUGUGGCUGGUGGUGGGCGGUGCCAUGGGGGGAGUAGCCUUGCUGGCCCUAGUGGGGGGCGUGGUGUUGUGGGCACAGUGCUGCCCCUGCCAGAAGUUCACCACCCCCAUCGAGGAGACAGGAGGCCACUCGGAGGCUCUGAUUCGCUGAGGCCCCGCCCUGGGACAACGCCUUGCUAGGCUCCGCCCCCGAGCCACAAAGGGACGGGCCCAUGGAUUUUGCACAUGCCACACCCCCUUCGGAGCCCUGCCCCCAGCUUGGAGGGGGGGCUUCACACACACUACUAGGGGCGCUGGCGCUUUAAGAGCA